GGGGUUUGGUGGUGGUGGGGAUUUAAGGCUCUUCCUGUCUGUCUUUGCUCUUGCUUCUCUCUCUCUCCCUCCAACUUUAUAUUUAAAAAUAGUGCAGAGUCGGGCAGCGGAGGGGUCUUGGAACAUGAUGGCAGCACGCAGUUUUUGGAUAUUUUCUGGAGUUGUGACUAUUCUCGGGGGUUUGAUGGUUCAGGUGCAGUGUAAUGAGGAGUUACGGCUGAUCAGCGAUCUGUUCAAAGACUACAACAAGAAUAUUCGCCCGGUGUUUCAUCCUGAAGACAAGGUGGAGGUUCAGAUAAAACUGACCCUCACUAACCUUAUCUCUCUGAAUGAAAAGGAAGAGACUCUGACAACCAACGUGUGGAUUGAGAUUCAAUGGACUGAUCAUCGCUUUACUUGGAACACAUCUGACUAUCAUGGCCUAGAUGUUAUUCGUGUCCCAUGCAACACUGUUUGGCUUCCUGACAUUGUCCUUGAGAACAACAUUGAUGGCAAAUUUGAUGUGGCCUACUAUGCCAAUGUAUUGAUCAGCAACACUGGUUGGAUGUACUGGCUACCUCCUGCUAUCUAUCGUAGCACUUGUGCCAUUGAGAUCACCUACUUCCCAUUUGAUUAUCAAAACUGCACGUUAGCAUUCAGGUCCCAGACGUACAGUGCCAAUGAAGUGGUCCUCAUCUUGGCUGUUGGAGAAACAGGCGAGACUAUUGAGUGGGUGGACAUCGACCCCGAGGCUUUCACAGAGAAUGGUGAGUGGGCCAUCGUCCAUCGUCCGGCCCGUAAGAUGAUCAACAAGCGGUAUACCCCAGAUGACCUGGAGUAUCAGGAGAUCACAUUCAAUCUGAUCAUCCAACGGAAGCCCCUGUUCUACAUCAUUAAUAUCAUCCUGCCAUGCUCCCUCAUCUCCUCACUGGUCGUAUUGGCCUACUUCUUACCUGCACAAGCUGGAGGGCAGAAGCUGACUGUUGCCAUCUCUGUCUUGCUGGCUCAGACUGUCUUCCUCUUUCUUAUUGCUCAGAAGGUCCCUGAGACAUCUCUCUCUGUCCCUCUCAUUGGCAAGUACCUGAUCUUUGUCAUGUGUGUCACUACUCUCAUUGCCACUAAUCAAAUUGUGGUGCUGAACUUCUCCCUGCGCAGCCCCAGCACUCAUACCAUGUCCCAUACCAUCAAACAUAUUUUCCUGGAGAUGGUGCCUCGCUUCCUGGGCAUGUCCCCACUGGUGGAUGACAGCGAGGAGACAACAGAGGUAAACGGAGUGAGGGAGCGGCGGCGCAGCUCCUUCGGCCUCAUGCAGAGAGCAGAGGAAUAUGUCCUGAAACAGCCUCGCAGUGAAAUGAUGUUUGACAAACAAAGAGAGAGGCACGGUCUCACACGGUCGAUUGUGGAUAACAUAGAUGUCAGCAGCACAGCCAACCUGUAUAAGAGUUUGGCCCAAGCUGCACCUGAGAUCAAACAGUGUGUGGAUGCCUGCAAUUUCAUUGCUGAGAGCACAAGACAACAAAAUAACAUUGGAUCUGAAAUUGAAAGCUGGGUACUGAUUGGGAAGAUGAUUGACAAGGUGUGUUUCUGGGCUGCCAUUCUUCUUUUCAUCAUCGGCACAGUGGGGAUCUUCCUAACAGGACACUUCAACCAGGCACCAGAAUUUCCAUUUCCUGGCCAGAGCAAAAAAUAUGCACCAAGUUAAAAUCCUCUUGCUUUGUUGAAACUUUUCCAAGGGUCGCUGUGCCUCAUGCUGUCUAUAAGGCUGGGCUGUCUUGCUCACUGGGUCCUAGGCUCAGAUUCAAGGUUGAGUUAAGUGUGUGCAGCAGGGCUUUAAUAACAGAUAUUUAAAACCAAAUCUGUCUGUGUUCACAGCUCAGACUUAUAUUUGUCAACACUUGUGCAGCUGAGGGUUUUCAUUCAAAUACACAACUUAGUUCUUCAUCUUAGUGUAAGUUCUUUGGCUGUACAGCAUACACUAAAAGGUUGGAUCAGGUCUAGUUAAAAAGGGAUGUUUUCAUCACCACCACCACCAUCACCACUACCAUCAUCAUCAUCAUCAUCAUCAUCAUGUCUCUUUUGUUCUACAAAAGACUCAACAGUGUGAGGUUAAGCAAGUUCAGACUUACAUAGGUGUAAUUCAAGGAAAAUGCUGAAACCAACUCACCACCAUGCUGGGUAAGUCAUUUCUGUUGCAGCAAAGAAGUUUUCACAUCAGAACUACUACAGCAUUGUUAUGUAUGAAAUGGAGCCACAGGCACUGUGCAAAACUGUAUUCAUAAAUUACAAUAAAGAAGAUUCAUUGCCCAUCUUUCAUGGGCGUAUAAGAAUCUGUGUACCACUCUGCAAAACAUACAGUAUCUACUAAAGUCUGGAUAAGUUUCCCUGCAUGUACUAUGUCUUAUAUGAACCUGUGCAUGUAACUUGAGCCAGUCAGCUGAAUCAAAGCCUUAUUCUUCUUACUAUGACUUAUUUAUUAGAAAGUCUUGUUAGAGGUAAAUGGCUUGGAGGGAUAUUGUCUCAAUAUCAUUGUGCCAUCUUUUGUAAAUAAAUAUUUUAUUUUGUGCAUCAUGA